CGUGAAAACGACCCCGUAAAUGCAAUGCAACACUCUAUUCUGACAGCCAGUGCACUUGGAGCUGGAGUUGUAAACCCACCUUCCCCGCUCGCCGUUGGCUCGGCUGGCAUUCUUCUUCUUCUCUCUUCCCCACUUUUUCCCCCGACGAACAAACAGUCCUGGAUCGCGACGCCGAUUCCAGAUGCCCCCGCAUGUCUCUCUCCUGCCGCUCCUCCUCCUCGCCGCCGGGAUCCUCCCGCCGGCCGCCGCCCGGCAUAGCCCUCCUCCUCCCCCGGCCCCGCACCAGAUCAAGAGCACCGGCGGCGGAGGUGGAGGCAGCAGCAACAACGUGGUCACGACCGCGCUCGUCUCGGCGGCGUCGCUGCUCGUGGUGCUCCUGCUCUACCUCUGCGCCGCCAUCGCCGUCCGCCGCUUUCGCCCGUGGAGUCGCCCCCGCGGCCAGGAGCAAAGCGCGGCGUCGUCGUACUCGCACUCGCAGCAGGCCUGCCGCGCCGCGGCGUUCCUCCGCCGCCACGGCCUGCACCACAACCGCCCGGCCUUCACCUACGAGCAGCUCCGCGCCGCCACGGCCGGGUUCGACGCCUCGCGGAAGCUCGGGGACGGAGGGUUCGGGACCGUCUUCCUCGGGUACCUCCCCCCGGCGGGCCGCCCCGCCGCCGUCAAGCGCCUCCACGUCCCGCCUUCCCCGUCCCCGUCCUCCGCCACCAUCACCAAGUCCUUCUGCAACGAGGUGCUCAUCCUCUCCGCGCUCCGCCACCCCAACCUCGUCCGCCUCCACGGCUUCUGCGCCGACCCGCGCGCGCUCCUCCUCGUCUACGACUUCGUCCCCAACGGCACCCUCUCCCACCAUCUCCACCGCCGCCGCGCCAACGCUUCCCCGACGGCGCCCCCGCCGCCUCCGCCGCUCCCCUGGCGGACCCGCCUCGCCAUGGCGGCCCAGAUCGCGUCGGCGCUCGAGUACCUCCACUUCGGGGUCAAGCCCCACGUCGUGCACCGCGACGUCACCUCCUCAAACAUCUUCCUCGAGGCCGACAUGCGCGCCCGCCUCGGCGACUUCGGCCUCUCGCGCCUCCUCUCGCCGCCCGACGCCUGCUCCACGGCCGCCGGCAGGGACCUCGUCUGCUGCACGGCCCCGCAGGGAACGCCGGGGUACCUCGAUCCGGACUACCACCGGUCCUUCCAGCUCACGGAGAAGAGCGACGUCUACAGCCUAGGCGUCGUGGUGCUGGAGCUCGUCACGGGGCUGCGGCCUGUGGACGUGGGCAGGGAGCGCAGGGACGUCACGCUGGCCGACUGGGUGGUGUCCAAGAUCCAGGUUGGAGAGCUCAGGGAGGUCGUCGACCCGCCGGUGCUCGACGAGUGCCCCGCCGUGAUGCCGAGCGUCGAGGCUGUGGCGGAGCUGGCGUUCCGGUGCGUGGCGCCCGACAAGGAUGACCGGCCCGAUGCCCGAGAGGUGCUGGCCGAGCUGAGGAGGAUCCAAGGGAUGCUUCCUGAAUCGUGCAGCCACAAAGGUUCUUGAUUUGGGUUGCUCAUCGAGAGAGGCGCCUGCAUCAGAUUUGAGCUAGCUCGAUCUCUCCAUGUUGCUUGAUGGUUGCGGUUCCGAUGCUGAGUGCUGACCUCUUUGGAUUGGCAUUGUGCUUGCAUUCGUCGAAGACGAGUGCCCAUUGGUGGACAAGCAGAACCAGAUGGUACAUUACAUUUACAGGAAGAUGGAAACAACUGCUUGUUUUCUCGCGAGAAAUGUCGUAAUCCAAGCUAUGGACAUUGUAGAUACACUGAGCUCAGUUGUAGGAGGAUGGUAUGCAGUUUCUGUGUUGGUUCUCCGAGCUGAAGCAGUAUGUUUUCAAAGCCUUGCCUUGCGUUUUGCAGUAACUGGUGGGCUCUGAACAGGAGAGGAUUCUUCACCCUGUUCUUGCAAAAUUAACGGCUGUAAGUUGUUUUAGUCAAGGAACUCAUGGUAUAAAACAGCCCGCUGGGGUUCUUGUCUGAUCGUAACUUUUAAGUAGAGUAUAUUGUUUAAUUUUUCUGAUGGCGACGAUUGUCGUAGCCGACAGUUGACUUCCUCUGAGUACCUUCUUUCUGGACUCAUGUUAAUUUUCGAAGGAUUUCCUCUGUCCAUACCCUGCUUGUGGAGCUUAUUUUCCAACAACAACAGUAUUCCGAUAA